UUCGUUUGAAUUAUUAUGCAACUCUAACGAGUAACGAGUCAAGUGUCGCCAUCUCCAACAAAAGAAUAAGCAACUCUCUCUCUCUCUCUAGAAUCGGCCAUUGAAAUUUCAAACCCUAGCGACCUGCUCAAUCUCACUAUACCCACGAGCCCACUCAGCAUGAAGACCAAGACGCCAUUGAAGCAACUCAAGCUCUCUGUUCCCACUGAAGAAACCACUAUCUCUUCCUUCUUAACUGCAAGUGGCACCUUUCAUGAUGGCGAUCUUCUCCUAAACCAGAAAGGUUUGCGGCUCAUUUCCGAAGAAAAGGAACCCCGCUCUGCCAGUAAUAAGGAGCUUGAUUUUGAGUUUUCAUUGGAAGAUCUUGAGGCCAUCAAAGUCAUUGGCAAGGGAAGUGGUGGCGUAGUACAACUUGUUCGUCAUAAAUGGCUUGGAAAGCUGUUUGCCUUGAAGGCCAUUCAGAUGAACAUCCAAGAAGAAAUUCGCAAACAGAUUGUGCAGGAGCUGAAAAUAAACCAGGCAGCACAAUGUCCAAAUGUGGUUGUGUGUUACCACUCUUUUUACCACAAUGGAGCCAUUUCUCUUGUCCUAGAAUACAUGGAUCGUGGAUCUCUAGUAGAUGUUAUUAAACAAGUUAAAACGAUUCUUGAGCCAUAUCUUGCUGUUGUUUGUAAACAGGUUUUACAAGGUCUUGUGUACUUGCAUAAUGAAAGACAUGUAAUUCAUAGGGACAUAAAACCUUCCAAUCUGCUUGUAAACCAUAAAGGGGAAGUGAAGAUUACUGAUUUUGGCGUGAGUGCAUCACUAGCCAGCUCAAUCGGUCAAAGGGACACAUUUGUGGGUACUUACAACUACAUGUCGCCAGAGAGAAUUAGCGGAAAGACUUACGACUAUAGCAGUGAUAUUUGGAGUUUGGGCAUGGUUGUUCUCGAGUGUGCCAUAGGACGGUUUCCUUACAUGAGAUCCGAAGAUCAACAAAGCCGGCCAAGCUUUUAUGAACUUUUGGAAGCAAUAGUGGACAGUCCACCACCUUCUGCUCCACCGGAUCAGUUCUCCCCGGAGUUCUGUUCAUUUGUAUCUGCUUGCAUACAGGAGGACCCAGGGAAAAGGUCAUCGUCUUUGGAGCUUUUGAGUCAUCCUUUCAUCAAGAAGUUUGAAGACAAAGAUAUUGACCUCGGAAUUCUAGUUGGUAGCUUGGAACCUCCGGUAAAUUUUCCGAGGUAGCUUGUCUUUGUAAUAUUAAGAAUGUGGGGAAAAACUGCUGCUUCUCCUAUGUAUCAGUGUUCAGUUUUGACAGAACAUAACAUUACAUGAAUCUUUUCGUGGUAAUCAAGCAAAUCCUUU